AUGGAUGAAUUUGGAGUUUUGGUGGAGAGUAUUGGGUUCAAAGCCCAUGGAAAAGCCGCCCCCAUGGCCAAAUCGAAACCCAAACCCGAAUCACAUUUCGCCGCCUAUAGCUCUCCCAAUACGCCGCCGUUGAGUGACCACUCUGCGUUUCCCGUCGAUGAGCUGGACGGGAUUUUCAGAUCAAAUUUAAACAUCGACAAAAAUCGGCAAUCGCAGGAUUUGUUAGGCGAUAGUGAUGUUUUUGGUGCGAACGUCUCCAGUUCCAAUCAAUUCGGAGAAAUUGAUUUGGAAUCUGUGCUUAGUGUCUCCAAUAACGGGGCUGAUGAUGGUAAUUCGAAUUUGAGGAAGUUUGCUGGUGUUGAUGAUCAUGAUGAUAUGUUUGGGUCACGGCCGAGGCAAGGGGGUUCUGUAGGUGAUUUGCUGGGCGAUUUUGGAAUGAAUUCUAGUGGAAAGGAGGAGAGUAAAGGAUCUGAACUCGACGAGUUGAUACCGGGAUAUGGAGGAGCCAGCCAUACGAAUAAAGGAGUACAACCAAAGACUGUCCCUUCAGGAUCCAAUGACCAUUCAUCUAACACUAGCUCAACCCUUGGAGAUGAUCCAUUUUUGGUUUUUGAAUCAUCUGUAACUCAAUCAACUCAAUCAGAUGCCUUUGCUGGCUCCUCAGAACAAGAUACAACAAAAGAUCCCAUUCAGAGUUCACUUGAAGAACUCGAUGAUUUCGCCAUGGAUAGAGGCCAGAAUAAUUUAAAAUCUGAUGAAAAAAUGACCACAGCUAGCCAGCCAAGUGCAGGCAAAGCUUCAAGCAGGUUUCAGAAUGUCGAUGAUCUGGACGCAUUUUUCGGUGAGGGCGUGCAACAAAGGCAUGUUGCACAAACUUCUACUAAUCAGGAUUCACAUUUUGACAUUUUUGGUGGGGAAAAGAAGCCUGAAGAGAAGCAAACUUCUGCUGCAAGAAAUAUUGAGGACAACUUCACUGCAUUAUUUGGGGAUAUGACCACUUCAUCUGAAGAGUUUCAGGAAAUUGAUGGGGAACCUGAAGAAAGACGUAGAGCGAGGCUUAAUCGUCAUAUGAGAAUGAAUGAGCGUAUGGCAGAAGCACUUGCUGAAAAGAAUAAGCGGGAUCUUCAGAACCAGAAUGAGCAGGAAGAGAAACGAAGGCUUGCAGAAACUCUGGACAACAAUAUAAGGUGUUGGGCUGCAGGAAAAGAAGGCAACUUACGAGCCUUAUUGUCCUCAUUACAACAGGUACUAUGGCCUGAAUGUGGCUGGCGCCCGGUUUCACUGACAGAUAUGAUUACGUCUGAUUCAGUGAAAAAGGUUUACAAGAAGGCGACCUUAUAUGUCCAUCCGGAUAAAGUGCAACAAAAGGGAGCUACUCUCCAGCAAAAGUAUAUUGCCGAAAAGGUUUUUGAUCUUCUUAAGGAGGCCUGGAACAAAUUUAGUGUGGAGGAACUUCGAUAA